CUUCUACUCUAUAUUCAAUUCUACUACUCUUCCACUCUACGCCAUAGCUUGUUGCUUACUACUGUACUAACUACUCAUGACUCCGGAAAAGUAUCCGAAUUAGGCUAAUCGCUAUCCUCUGAUAUCUCCUCUACUCAUCCUCCUCUCUACUUCUCUCUUUCUAUAUCUCUACUACUCUCACUCUCCACUCUUCAUCUCUACAGCUCUCUACUAUCUACUACUCACCAUGGACCUCAUCCAACGCAUCUCCCCCGCCCUCCUCUCAGUCCUCCCCACAACCCCCCGCCGCUCCGCUGAACCCCCCGCCUUCUCCCCCUCCGCAACCAUCGCCUCCACCUCCUCGCCCCUCGACCUCCGCACCUCCCCCCACAACCUCUGUCUCCGCCCCUUUGCCGUCUUUGACGACGACUUCCUCGCCCUCCUCGGCCCGUCCCCCUCCCUCCGCGUCGUCGCUCAGGACUCCUCUUUCCGCUUCGCUCACGAAGCUGGUAUCUGGAUCCCUUCCUCCCGCGAAUGCUUCUUCACCUCAAACCAGUUCUACCCCGACCCGUCCGCCAACCCAACCCACAAAUCAAUCCAGAUCUCCAAAAUCAAAGCCCCCGACACCCCAGGCGGCACCUACUCCUGGGAGAAGAUCUCCCCCUCGCCCGACAUCCCCACCGCAAACGGCGGCAUAAACUACAACGACGGCGCCCUCUUCUGCUCCCAAGGCUACGGCGACGCCCUCUCCGGCGCCCUCGUCUACAUGGACGUCCACCCGCCCUACGCCUCUCAAGUCCUCCUCAACCACUUCCACGGCCGCCCGCUCAACUGCCCAAACGACGUCGUCGUCCUCCCGCUCGACGGCACAAUCUGGUUCACCGACCCAGACUACGCCAUCAUCCAGAACCUGCGCACUGUCCAGAACCUGCCCACCCAAGUCUACUGCUUCAACCCAGCCACGGGAAACCUGCGCGUCGUCGCCGACGGCUUCAAGCGCCCGAACGGCAUCUCCUUCGCGCCGGACUUUAAAACCUGCUACAUCUCAGACACAAACGCGUCCAACGGCCUCGGCGGCAAAAUCAGCGACGUACCAGGCACAAUCUACGCUUUCGACGUCGUCCUCUCGCCCGCGUCCACAAAGCCAAAUCGGCCAUACAUACUCCUCAACAAACGCGUCUUUGCAUUCGCUGACUCCGCCGCGCCGGACGGCAUCAAAACCGAUACAGAGGGAAACGUGUACUCUGGCUGCUCGGACGGCAUCCAGGUAUGGAACUCGGACGGGAUCUUGAUUGGAAAGAUUCUGAUUCCGGGGGGGAUUGCGAAUUUCUGCUUCACGGACCCGGGUGUCAUCCUGGCUUUUAACGAGAAUCGGAUUGUGGAGGUUCGUCUGAAUGCGACUGGUAGUAUCGUAAAGUAUUAGAGUACCUCCUUCUUUUUUCUGAAUACGACAGAGAGACAAAUAUCGUUUAUUGCAAAGCUUUUGAAUUCGACAGAUAUAAGUAUCAACAUAAACAAACAAACGCCAUAU